UACCAAGAUCUGAGGAUGAUGAAGUGGCUUUCCAUAGUCACGGUUUUAAUCGUUUUGGCUUCCAAAAUCCUUCAUAUGGAAGCGGGCAAGGGACUUCUGAAUGAGUUGAUUGCUAUUCCAACAUGUAACACAAUAAUCUUGGGAUCAACGGUGUUCCCGUGUGCUAACCAUUAUCAAAGGAACUGCCCCCAAUUACCACAGAACGAACCUAACCCAGGAGCUUGGAUGAGGAGAAAUUGCCUUGAUCCUACACGACCAACCGUGGUGACGCCGUACUUCAACAGGUCCGAUACAGUAUUUAAUCACACUCGCACACAGGGAGAAGGCGUCGUUUUGAAAUGCCGCAUAAACAGAUUCAACAACAACUUUAUCUUGAAGUGGACCAAACGCGACACUGGAAGUACAUUGUCAGAACCGAUCUUCAAUAGUAACAUGGAAACGCAAAUCAACUCCCAUCGUAGUUUCUCUAUGGUACGCAGCUCGGAUAAUCAAUCGGUUACCGCCGAACUGCGGAUAUCUAGACUCGGUCCGAACGACGCCGGUUUUUACCGAUGUGUCUUUCAACAGAUAUCCGGCUUCGAGUCUGGAUCCGACUUGUCUGGCGAACAGCUGUAUCGGAUCGAUGUGAGAUAUCCUGCCCGAGUUCGGAGCAUCGGACCUCGGAUCGCACCAUUUUGGAGUUCGGAUCAACCGGAUAAGUUUUACUUCAACGAAACAGCCAAUAUCACCAUGACUUGUAUAGCAGACGGAUAUCCGAGACCAGCUGUUACUUGGAGACUUCACGGAUACCCGAGUCUAUCCGAAAGGAUGAAUAGUUUUACCGAUGUGGACGGCUCCCUUUAUAUACCACAGAUAACAAGAAAUUAUUCUGGCAUUUAUUUAUGCUCUGCACGAAAUUCUUUGAACCGCAGGAAAUCCACCAGAAGAGUAGAGUUGAUCGUCCAAUAUCCGCCACAGUCUGAACAAAGUUAUGAGGUACACAAACGAAGUGCUGGUCGGUACCUCCUCUUGCAAGGGUCUUUCACUGGUCUUCCGAGCCCGACAUAUCACUGGUUAAAAAAUGGAAAACUGUUAUCAGCCAGAAACAACUCAUCUGAAGCGGUGUCGGGUCGAAAGCUAGUCAUCGUAGGGAUAGAGCCAGGGAGUCAUUACGCAAAUUACACGUGCGUCGCAACGAAUAUUUUAGGAUCAGCGAGUGUAAAAUUUGAAGUAAACGGUAGCCCGUACCCUCCUGUAAUUUUAAACAAGCAAGCUCUGAGUACGAGGCGGAGAUCGUUUAAUCUAUCCUGGUCGCCUGGUCUGAAUCUACAAAAUGACAUACCUGUUACGUCAUACAGAUUGCUUUACAGAAGAUUGGAAAUCAAGUCGGAGGGAAACGAAAUGCAAGUCAUUUAUUACCCCAAUGAUGCUCCAAACUCCAUCAACCUUCCAGGCAAUGUCUUGAAAUACUAUCUCACCGAACUGAAGGAGAAUAGCACAUACGAGACAGAAGUUUGUCCGAUAAAUGAUUAUGGCAAGGGGGAUUGUGCAAACUAUACCUUCUAUACGCCCAAUGAGAACAGGAUUAUCUCUCAAACUACUUUAGAACAAACAGAAAACUCGGCAGAGAUCAGUCCAGAAACGAAGUCGCUACCAUCUACCGGUCGAGCUUCAUGCAGUACGUCGCCCUCUAUCGGUUGCAUGUCGAUCUUGGUCAUACUUGCACUUUUCUGCACAUUAGAUAGGCCUACAGAUCUUUUGCCGAAUGAUAAAACAUAGAACUUGAAUAAACCACCGCGAUUAACGGACUGGAAAAUUCGACCUUAUCUUGAUACAGACGCUUUUCUAUAAAUAAAAUAAGUAUUGUUGUAGAUACGACAUUUUUAUCGUGUAUAUUGCAAAGCAAUAUUGCAAUUUGCUAGACAGCAUAUAUCCAUAAUAGUGAACGAAUAAUUUUACUGAAGUAGCCAUAGAUUAGGUAGUUACGAUCAUGGGCAAGCAGCACAAAUCUUAGUAAUUGUUCUUAGAUUUGAUUUAUAGGAUUAAUUACAUAAUUGGGCCUAUAAGAAGGCUUAUAUAAACUGGGUUCCAAUAGAAACUUAUCAAACUUAAAAAUCGCACUACACAAAUUCCACAAGGUAAAAAUGAACCAAAUUAUGACACCGGCUAGCUUCAAUAAUCUUCACAAAGAACAUGUCAAUGAUUAAAGAUUAGUUUAAUAAAAAAGAGGCUGAAUCCCCUCAAAUCAUUUGGUUCCGGAAUCCAAAGUCACAAAAUCGCAAAAGGAUCGAAGACCAAUGUAAGUGAGAUGGGGUUUAAAAAACUUACCAGUUUAUAAAAGUUCACAAUAUGACAAUCGGCAUAUUUAAUUAAUUGCCCCAAAAACUAAGAAGCUACAGGAAGUUAAAGUUAACAUUUUAAACACAUCUCUUGAAGGAAAAAAAAGCAUAAAGCAUGAAUGGACUCAAUCAUGUCAAUAGCAGUCAAGCAAAUAAUGACCAUUUGGUUGAGACUGAAACAAGACUUUUAUGACUUUGGAUUCUGGAACCAAUUAAUUUGAGGGGCUACAUCAUCUAUGUUAUUAGACCAUUCCCUUAAUUAUUAACAUGUUCUCAGUAAAGAAUAUUAAAAAUAGCCUUUGUCAAAAUUGUGUUCGUUUUGACUGAGCGGAAUUUGUGUAGUACGGAUGUAAGGUUAGAUAAGUUUCUUUUGGAAACCAGUUUUAUGAAAGCGUUUGCAAGAACAUUAGCACUAUGGUCAAUUUAUACUGUUUGUAUUACGGGGCUCUAAGCUGAAUCAUUUUCUGAUGAUGAGGUAUCAUUCAAUGUUAUUAGGCUUUUUUAGCUCAGCGACUUUCGAAAGAUUCUAGAACAGAGUAAAUGUAUUGGAAAUGUCCUCAAAUGACAAAGAAUAGGUGGUAAGUCUUUAUCGAAAAUGUGUGAACCGGAACAGGGCUAUUGGGAACGAUGUUGUUAGUGGGGGUACUGGAGUGAAUUUUACAAGCCCAAAAAAAUGAAAAAGGGUUUUUACUAAAAAAUGAAGGUGAUUUCAGUCCCGAGAAAUUUGACAAGUAAAAAGAAAAGGGUUUUAAUCCAAAAUGAAGGUGGUUUCGGUCCGGAGAAAUUUGGCAAGC